AUGGAUGAUAAUGAUCCAGAUUCACCAUUUGUCAUUGAGGCUAUUCUACAAAAAGCAUUUACUAAAGAAGAAUUACAAAAUCAAGACAACAUUAAAUUUGGUAUCACAGUAGCACUGAUGUUUUUAGAUCUGACUUAUAAUCAGGUUGAGAUUUUGUCUUCAAAAGUACAAGAACGCAUGAACCAAUGGGAUUUUAAUCCAAUUAUACAAAGAUGGCUUAAAUGCAAAGAACCUUUAGAAGAUGAUGGAAUAGAAGAACCGUUAGAAGAUGAUAGAAUAGAAGAACAGUUAGAAGAUGACAUAAUAGAUCAUGACUCUGAUAAUGAAUCUAUAGAUUCUAAUGAUUAA